CAGCUUGGAGGUAGAUUCGCCUUUGAACCUUGAUGCCAUUUGGGACGCGCGCAGGGUGAUUCCAGAAUCCGAGAAAGGUCACAUCACAUGGCGCUCCUCCCCUGUUCCCGAAUCCUGAGGGCUGCUCAACGCGUUUCUCGCCGCUUCCUCCUCUUCUCGCGGACCCGGCGACUCCUUCCGCUGAUUCUCCUCUCGCUUCACUCUCUGUCGGCAAUCCCGAGGGUCGCCUGUAGCGGCCCUUUUCGCCUCUCAGCUUCAGCCGUUGAUGAUGGUCCCUCUCGCGCCACUAGAGCCCCAUCUUCCAAUCCUGGCCGUUCGGAGUUCCGUUCAACUUCAGCCGUGGAUGCUGAUCCUUCUCGCGUGUGCCGCGAGCUGGUGGAGCCGCACGGAUUCACGUGCGAGGAUCACCGUGUGGUAACGCGGGACGGUUUCAUCCUGGGGCUCCAGCGAGUGGCCAGUCGCCAGGUGGACGCUAGGGGAGGCAGUCCUGGUGCAGGUAGCACGAGCAGCAGUGCUGCCAGCAACAACAGGACCCGCAGUACUAAUAGCAGUGGAGGUAGCAGCAACAGCAGCAGCAGCAGCAGCAGCAGCAGCAGCAGGAGCAGCAGCAGCAGCAGCAGCAGCGGUGAGAUUGGCAGCAAGAGCAGCAGCUCUCGUGGACCAGUGCUGCUUCAGCAUGGGCUGUUCCUGGCGGGAGAGAUGGACAUGGUGCGGUGGUGGACUUGGCAUGGCACCGACCAUCCCGCCCUCACCGCCCUCGCUUGCCGUGUCCUCACACAGGCCGUCUCUGCAGCCGCAUGCGAGCGCAAUUGGGCGGUGUGGGACUCAGUCCACACCGCCAAGCGCAACCGCUUGGGGUCGGAGAAGUGCCGGGAUUUGGUGUACGGAGCAGAGAGCUGGGUUGUGGGCCCUCCAGGCCUCUCCCUGCCAUUCCUGCUCGUCAGGCUCGGGUUCGAGGUGUGGCUCGGCAACAGCAGGUGCGGGCCCUGGAGCUACGGGCACGUGACCUGGGAGCCCAAGGAUAAGCGGUACUGGGAGUGGACGUGGGCGGACAUGGCGGCCAACGACCUGCCAGCGCAGAUAGACUACAUCCUCUCAGCCUCUCGCACAGGGGCGAGGCAGGUGUUCUACGUGGGGCACUCUCAGGGCACGCUCACCUUCCUCGCCUCCCUCUCUGGGGGGCGAUCCUUGGACAUCUUCCAGGCGCGCUUUCCUUCCUCUCCUCCCUCUCUGGGGGGCACCUUCCCCCCUCCACUGUCGCUGCUGCCUUCCUCCUCGCCCCGGUCACCUCCCCUCGCGCACCUCUCCUCUCCUGUCGCCCACGAAGCAGCCAAGCUCGACCUUGACAGGUUUGUGAGAGCAACUCACCUCCACGAGUUUAGCCUACGCAAUGCAUUGGGCGAGCUGGUAGUGGCCACGGCUUGUGCUUCUCCUCGCAUCAACUGCUCCUCGCUGCUCUCUGCAUUCACAGGGCCCAACUGCUGCAUCGACAUCCGCUAUUUCGCCAAGCUGGUGCCCUGGUUCCCUCUUGCGUCCUCUGUCAAGAACAUGGCACAUUUCGGACAGAUGGUUCGCUCUGGUGAGUGGAAGCAGUUUGACUAUGGCUUCCUCAAGAACUGGCUGCGUUACCACCAAAGCACACCGCCCUUCUUCCGCCCGUCAGCCUUCCCCUCUACUAUACGACUCGCUAUUGCCUAUGGUGGUAGGGACUCCCUUGCGGCCCCUGCUGAUGUGGAAUGGUUCAUAUCCAAACUGGCACAACGACCGAAGGUGAUGUACAUGCCGAAUUAUGCACAUCUAGACUUUUUGUUCGCCUCUUUUGUCGUUGAGGAUGUUUACACUCAGAUAGUGAGAUUCUUUACUGACUAUGGGCUGGACCGAGCAUAUGAAUGAAGCACUUUGCCGUGGGAGACUUUUGUGUGCCAUCUACUGAACCAGUUAGCUGCUUGCCGCGACGCCUCGUUUCGUCGCUACCCGUGUGCGUAUCUAAGACGUGUACCGUACUGUAUCUGACAUCGCGCACUACUACUCCUCACGAGCUCGUUUCUCUCGCUGCGUCCGCGGGAGGCCAGCCGAGAUCAGCUGGUUCUGAUGCGCUCCUUAUACAGUAGAACCUAAUUCUAGCGGCUUCAGUGCACUGUAGGCCUUACACCGUUAUACCACGCGAGGCUGUUAUCGCGGAUGGACUCUCCACAGCCAUUUAAGUUAGUAGCUUUAGGUCUCGAACGGAUACUAAGUUCC